AUGAAGAGCUUAAAAGAAGAGGGUAGCAAAGUUGAGAAAGUGGAUGUUGUAGACGGCAAAGGACAGAAGCCUCAAUGGGGAAUGCCCCGUAGGAGCUGUAAUAUUCGACACGCACCAGAUUCAUGUCCUGCUGCUGGGCGACGCUGCCACAAGUGCAAGAAAAUGAACCAUUUUUCAAGGAUGUGUCGUACCUCAGAUUGGCAAAAGAAGCAGGUAAAUACUCUUGAUGAUUGUGAAUCUGACUCUGAAGUUAUGUUCAUUGUGGCAGUCAAUGCAGAAGACAAUGGCUGGGUUGAAACUGUCAAUUUUGGAAACAUUCAAGAGGUCUUAAAACUAAAUACCGGGGCCCAGUGCAACGUCUUGCCCAAAGCUGCAUAUGACAAUCAUCCUGGGCAAGGUUAGAAAGUUACUCCAAAACUUGUAUUAGACCUGUUGGAAAGUGUGAGUUGCCUUGUUGGGUGCGUGGGAAAAGGUAUCAAGUACGUUUCCAAGUGGUUGAUGCCCCUCCUGGGUAGAUCAUCCUGUGAGAAUAUGGGUCUAAUCCAGUGUGUAAAUGCUAUUGAAAAUGACAGCAUUCUUGAUGAGUUCCAGGACGUAUUCCAAGGACUUGGGUGCCUCCCAGGGAAAUAUCACAUCAGUGUUGACCCCAACGUUCCUCCUGUGGUCCAUCUACCCAGGCGAGUUCCUCACUCUAAGUGAGACCCACUGAAGAAAGAGUUAGAUCGGAUAAAGUUUCCUUGAAUGAACCAGCUGAUUGGGUAAGCAGCCUUGUUUGUGUCGAUAAACCGGAUGGGUCUAUUCGUGUAUGCUUAGAUCCUAAGGACUUUAAUGUUACCAUUAAAAGAGAACACUACCCCCUGCCAGUGGUAGAUGAAAUCACUACUAGUUGUUCACGAACCACAGUAUUUUCAACUUUGGAUGCAGAAAAGGAAUUCAACCAAAUCCAGUUAGAAGAGGAGAGUAGCACACUCCUGACAUUUAAUACCCCAUUUGGGAGGUAUAGAUACCUGAGGAUGCCGAUGGAGAUUAAGUUUGCCCCAGAAGUUUACCAACAAAGAAUAGAGCAAGUCUUUGAAGGACUGCCGGCGUGAAAGUCAUCAUGGUUGACAUAAUCACACAUGGUCGAAAUGUGGCAGAACAUGAUAAACGGUUGAGGGCUGUUUUGCAGCGUUCCAAAGAUUACAAUCUCAGAUUGAAGAAGUCAAAGUGCCAUAUACAACGGGAAGAAGUGAAGUUCCAUGCCCAUGUGUUCUCCCAUAACGGUUUGAAGACAGACCCAGAAAAGGUCAGAGCCAUCUUCGAAAUGCCGAGGCCGACAGACAAAUCUGGUGUGCAAAGGUUGUUGGGGAUGAUUAACUAUGUCAGUAAAUUCACCCCCAACAUGUCUGACCUUACUGCACCAUUAAGACAGUUACUACACCAAGAUGUUGAGUGGCACUGGGAAGAGCAGCAGGAAGCUAGUUUUAAGGCAAUCAAGGAAAGGCUUGUCCUCGCUCCUGUGUUAGGAUAUUAUGAUGCAGAGAAAGCGUUGACGCUACAAGUUGAUGCCAGUUCAAAUGGACUGGGUGCAGCAUUGAUUCAGGAAGACUGACCAAUACCUUACGCCUCAAAGGCACUUACACCCACCCAGGAAAAGUAUACCCAAAUUGAAAAAGAACUUUUGGAAGUGGUGUUUGGCUGUGCCAAAUUUGCAGAGUACAUCGUGAGUCGUGAUGUCACAGUCGAAUAAGAUCAUAAACCUUUGGAGGCGAUUCUGAAGAAGCCCUUACACGUAGCACCAUUACUGCUGCAACGGAUGUUGGUCCAACUCCAGCUCUUUCCAGGAAUCAAUGUAGUAUACAAGCGUGGAGAAAGCCUACAUCUAGCGCAUGCUCUAUCUCGAGCCCACCUGGAAGAAAAGCUAACGAAUGCUGAGCAACAAUUGGAUGUAAACUUACUAGAGGAUUUUAUCUCUGACCAACAGUUCGCCCGGUUCGCUAAGGCAACUAAGGAAGAGGUGAUUUUGUCUGAACUGCAAAGGUCAAGUCCCGUCCAACGCACAGGAGUUUUGGAAUUACCGUGAUGAACUAACAGAACUAACGGACUGAUCGUAAAGGGACAAAAGAUCGUUGUAUCAAGUAGCUUGAGGGGAGAGAUGCUUGAGAAACUGCAUGAAGGACACCUGGGAAUCAACAAGACAAAAGCGAGAGCACGGGACGUAUUGUUCUGGCCCAGGAUGAGUGUGGAGAUGACCGAGAAAAUUAAGAACUGUCCUGUAUGUCUAGAAAAUCGACCCAAGUCAGCAGCCUGAACCAUUGAGGUCGCACGAGAUUCCACCAUUGCCUUGGGCUAAGGUUGGCACAGAUAUUCUGCACCAGAAUGGUCGGAACUACCUCGUUACCAUUGAUUAUUAUUCCAAGAGGCCAGAACUAACUUUACUCCCCUCAAUGACAAGCGCGGGAGUAAUUGUAGUUCUCAAGACCCAGUUCGCAAGAUAUAGAGUCCCCUCAGUUGUCGUUUCGGACAAUGGCCCCUGUUACAGCUCUUCAGAAUUCAGGAAGUUUUCAGAAGAUUGGGGUUUCGAACACGUCACGUCAAGUCGGGCCUACCCACAAUCCAAUGGCCAGUCAGAGAGAACCGUCGAGACUGCUAAAGCAAUGCUGGAGAAAGUUGAUGACCCAUUCGAAGCUCUCCUUUCGUACCGGAAUACAACUCUGGAGGAAGUUAACCUGUCGCCCUCACAAAUGCUUAUGGGCAGACGUUUGGGAACGUUAAUUCCAGUGACUGAGGAUAUGUUGAAACCUCAACUGUAUGACCCUGAAGAGCUCCUCCCUAAGCUAGAAGAAAAGCAAAGAAAGCAGAAGCUGCAGCAUGACACAACAGCGAAGGAACUGCCACCAUUGAGGAAUGGUGAGGUCGUAAGAGUUAGAGAAGGCAACAAGUGGAAACCUGCUACAGUUACACAGGUUCUUCCCUCACCCAGAUCGUACAAGGUUGA